UUACGAACUCUUGACUUGUUCCACCCUGGCUGUACCAGCAACAUGCGAUGCCUGCGCUGCCAAGAGAUACAUGACGAUUGUUGAGAAGUCAAACAGCCUGAUUUUUAUGAGAAGAAGGAAACAAUGUCAUGUGUUGAUUCAUAGAUUUCUUUCUUAGUUUCGAGCUCUUGCCCUUGCCAGGGUUUGACGAGCCAUGGCACACACAGCGCAGUCAUGGCAGGAGCUGAUACCCGAUGUUUUCUGCCCUCACAUCGCGGUGAUGUGCACCAAGGAUGCAGAGGCUGCUUGCAAGAAAAAUAACCUAACAUUUGUGGAAAUGAUGCGACCUUUUUGUCAACUAACAUGUGAAGCGCACGUUCGUGAUGCUCACAAUCAGCCGCAUGUAGUGAAGAAUCUUCGCUUGAGGUUCUCGGAGCCAAGCUCGGAAGUUCCGUCGAUGGGUGCCACGAAACAAACGAUGCAUAACACAGUACUAAAGGCGCAGCCAAGUGGCGCCAUUGUGCCUGGAUCAACGUUGCAAGUUGGAAAUUUAACGUUGAAUGUGUUGACACCCUGGUUUGAAUCUUACCGCAAGCAGUACAUACAGCUGAUGCGAGUUUCGGACCACGAGUACUUGCGUCACUACGUGGGCUGCUUAUUUGUGGUCUCCACGUCACAUGCUCGGCCGAUGGAUGCAUUCAUUGACUUGCAGAAGAAGCAGCAGGACAUGGCAAAGGAGAAAACCUAUCCCAAGUGGCUGACACCGUAUGUGUUCAACUACUACUUGCUGUUGCAUGACUCGUCUCGAGGGGAGGAGGACAAUGCUCACAGUAUAUUCCAGAGUAUGAAGGCAGCAUUUGGCCAGUUCAAUUCCCACCUGUUGAGGAUCAACUCGCGUAGCCCGGAUGCCAGCAUGCCGGAUGGUAUGCCCGAUCCGUGGGGACAGUAUGUCAACCGAUCAGAUAGCACUGCUGCGGGAGAUGAAUUGGCCGACAAUGAUCUGUCAAGAGGCGGCUCAUCCCUAACCAACCACAAUGAUGCAUCAGCCCCAGCCAGCGUUGCUGGCACUCCAAACCAUGCGACGCUGGAGGACAUUUCCAAGGCUGAUGCUGACGAUACCCUGACCGGCAGCUCGGCCAUGUCUGAUCCGCUGUCGCAGGCUCUGGCUGAUCCACUCUCUGCGCAAGCACCGGCCGUUGAUACUGCAGAUGAUUCACCUAUCUCUGUGCAAGGCACCCAUAUUAACGUUCGAGUUUCAUCAUCUGCAGUACCCACCAACUUUGAACUGCAUGGCCAGUUUCUCACCGUUAGCGAUCACGACAGGCUACGCAUAUUCGUGAACGAGUUCGCAGUCCGAGGCUUGAUUCCUCACAUUGAGCGCUCUAUCAGGGCACUCACCGACCAGGUCAACUCCAAGAAGGGCAUCCAGCGUACACUCUACAGUGCCACGAAGAAAUGGUUUGGCAGUACCAACAAGCCGGUCAUAAUGCAGGGCCAGAGUUAUAGUGCUGAUGCUGCGGAGCUUCAAUCUCGCAAGCUCGCCGACCUCGCCUUCCUGGUCCAGCUGUACGAGACGGCGUAUAGCUGGUACCACACAGCCAAGCGUGACUUCCACAAUGACAAUGCUAUGCUGCACUAUGCUGGUGCUGUGGAAAUGGCAGCGCUGUCAUUAUUUAUGCAGGGCGCAUAUCGUCGUGACCCACAGGCAUACUUUGAGGAAGCGAUCAACAACUACGAAAGUGUGUGCAAAUCUCAUCAAUUUGCACUGCGAUCAACACUCUUGUUCUUCGAGUUUCUCAAGUUCCGUGGACUGUAUAAGGAAGCGGCUACUGCAUUGAUUCGUAUGACAAGCGAUGAAACUGAUUUGGCUGCAGCGUUGUUGACCGAGCAAGCCGCGAUUUGCUACCUGCGUCUGAACUCUCCGAUGAUCCGCAAGUAUGCCAUGCACAUGUUGCUGGCCGGGCACCGGUUCAAGAAAGCGUAUCAGCGUCAGCACGCUCUUCGUGCCUACUCACUUGCGCUGCAAGUCUACCAGACCAAGGGCUGGUGGAUAGCAGAGGAUCACAUGAAUUUCAUCAUUGGUCGUCUUGCCAUUGACCUACAUGAGCUGAAUUUGGGACAAGAAAGCUUUCAUCAGCUGCUGGCUCAUCGCUCACGCCUCAUUGCGCCUACCCAGCAGUCAUUGUACUUGCAGGAAUUCUUGCUUGCAACAAAGAAAUUCUUGUUGAAGUCAGACAAGGCAGCCAUGGAGAAGUCACAGCUUUCAACUUCAUCCUGCGUGGACAUUGCUAACUUGCUGCCUUUGGCGCGGUUUCCGCGGAUCGAUGCUCAGCUGACUCGUGUCAUUUUGCCGGGCGUGGCAGACAGCACAAAACUCAUGACUCCAGAUGUUGAUGUGAAUGCACUGCCAGAGGAAGGCUCUGUUGAGCCAGCACACACUGCCGAAAGGCAGGCAGCUGACGACGAGGAAGGGAAGCGAGAAGAGCUGUGGCUGUGCAUGGAGGAGCUGGCCGCUCGCUUCACGCUGGCAGAGUCGGACAGUGCGGCACGUAACGGCUACCUCAGCAGCACUCCUUCUGGUUUUGUCUGGGACGUGCGUCUGUUUGGCCCGCACACUGACAACAGUCAGUACCCUCGCUGUGCUCUUGGUGAGCGUGUGAUGGUGGAGAUCGUUCUCACCAAUGACCUGCAGAUACCUCUAUCCCUGACGGGCAUCUCGCUUAUGUGGCAGUUGUUCCCGGUCUCGCUGAGCAGCAAGUCAGCGACCACCGCUGGUGAUAAUGCUGAUGAAGCCGUGCUGGAUGAGGACUCUGAGCCAGUGAUUUGCAACAGCGUGCCUGACUUGAUAAUUGCACCACGUUCUUCUCAGCCGGUGUGUCUGUCGCUAACACCCCAGCGUGAGGGUAAACUGCACAUACUGGGUGUGGUGUACAACAUUGUGGAGACCACACCGCCCAAGGAAGGGGGUCGUGCACGCAGUGGCACGCAGCGCGAAAGCUUGGCAAGUGGUCUUCGCUUCCGGCAAGAAAUUGAACCAAGAGGGCACCGGCUAAACCUGACAAAGGAUCAGCGAUGUUCAGUGAUGUAUGGACCAGACAGGCGUCUGCAGCUGGCCGUUUAUCCUCCCAUGCCGUUGCUGAAGAUUGAAUUUGACAAUGUGCCGACAAUGUUGCUGUGUGGAGAGGUGCACCACUGCAUUGUCAAGCUGACCAAUGUUGGCUGCGUGGCACUGCGCCGCCUCCGGGCCGUAUGUCCGGAGAGCCAGCAGAUCGUCUGGGGAGAUGUGAAGAAGCGCGUGCCGGAGCGCAGCGGCAUCUACUCGACCGUCGGCCAGUCGACGCCGUCCAACGGCAGCUCCACGGCGCAGUCAUGUGAGCUGCGCGACAAGGUCUGGCCGUGCUUCCCGCUGGCGGCCAGCAGUGCGUUCACUGGCUCGUCACCGGCCGUCACCGAGGCCGAUCGUGCACGUGUGUGCGACAUUGACCUGCCCAGCGAGCGCCUGGAACCCGGCAGUAGUGUGGAGGUCGACUGCUGGAUACGAGGUGGUGCCCUGCCCGGCCGACAGACCAUAGAUACACUCAUGUACUUUGAUGUGGAUGGAGACACUGCUUUCACGCAUCGUGUACUACGGCACACAAAUCACAUCCAAGUGAGUGAGUCCAUUCGCAUAGCGGCCCGAGCACGGCAGAGUGUGGCAACUCCUACACCAGGCUGUGAUCGGAAUCAGCUACUGGUGUCGGUGGAUGUGGAGAACCUCAGUCAGGCUGAUGCAGUCGCAUCCCCAAAGUUUACAGUUAAUCAGAUCGUCGGUGUCAGCUCUCAGUUCACCAUGUCGUCAUUGCAAAAAGACAAUUUCUUAGAACUGUCAUCUCGUGAAACGGCUUACAUCCAUCUGAAGGCAUCUCAUCUUCCUGUCGAUGAUGGCCGUGUUUAUGUCAGCGAUGUAUCAUUCAUGUCAGACGACCAAGUUGAUAGUCUCGCGAUCCCCUGUCUUGAGCUCUUCGGCCAGGACAGUGUAGCAAAGCCGUUUGCUGCAGCGGAGCCAGACCACAAGGUGGCGGAGCGUAAGAACCGAUCACCGGCGGCCAUGCAGCCAGCACCCACUCAUCAUCCACCGGUGCCUGCUAGCAUUGCAACGCCUAUUGGUAUCAUUGUCCUCUGGCAGGCCUGUGUCCCUGAUGGUGACGGUGGUUCUCGUCAGGCGUAUGGUCAGUAUCACAUGCUGCUGGAGUCUCUGGAAUCACCUGUGUCCUCAGUCACGGCACAAUCGGCAAUGGUGUCGUCUUUCUCAGCAUCUCUCCGUGCUGGCAUGGAGGGUGGAGACAGUACGGCUACCUCUACACCGGACCUGCUACUGGUCAAAGGCGGUAUGCUGCAUGCUGACAAGGUUCGGCACGACUUCACUGUCAAAAGGCUAUGUAUCUUGCCAGUGGAGCUCAGCCUGCACAACUCUCAUGAUGCGGACGUCGAAGUGGAAGUCCUGCCGCGGGCACCCAGUGCUGCUGGCACUGCCGACACAGAGCAGCAAGCAUCUCCCAGCAAACCAAAGGCAAUUGGAUCAGCAGCGUAUGCCUGGGUUGGCUGCACGCACAGUAAGCUGCAGCUGAAGAAGGGCGCCGACAGCACGGUGCGGCUCAACGCCUGCUUCACACGGCCAGGCUUCUACAACCUUGCCAAUGUGCGCCUACGCGUACGCAAGCUGCCCGGUGAUGGCAGUGUAGUGGCAUCGGGGCCAAUUGAGCAGCGGCCACUGCCACCCUCACUGCUUGUUCUUGAAGAGACCACCUCGAGCGGUUAGGAACGCCCAGGUAUACCCAUCUGCUCUGAUUUCCCCACUUUGCCUGGAUUCUUUAUCCGGGCAAAUCGUUAUCAUCAAUCAUUAUUGUCAUUAUCAUGGUAAGAAGAAAAAAACAUAAUCUAUUUCCUGUGCAUGGUUCAUGUCAGAAUAGUUUCUUUCAAUAGCAUAGAACACAUACUCACACUCUCAUCAUACCAUCACGAUACGCUCAAAACGAACAAUAAUUCUAUUCGUCACCAACCAAGAGUUCCACGCACUCGCUCCGCACACACACGCGCGCGCGCCCGCGUGCCUGCUCUCCCUUUCAAUCACCGUCUCCCGUCCGUCCAGCUACUACCGGGCCGCUUUCUUUUCAUUUGUAUAUCGCACAGUUUGUUUUUAUUCUUGUGGAUCAUGUAACUAGCCAGUUUUGUACUAGCCAUCGAUACCAUGGCUCAACACUCUAUCUAUCACUAUGAGUACUGCAAGUACAACUAUGUACAUACCGGAUGUGUUGUGUGCUCUCAUCUAUUUUCGUACAGUUUGAAAGUGCAUCAUGUGUAUAUUACGUGCACAGGCAUGUAUAUUUAUUGAAAUUUCGUGUAUCGCUGAACUCUCUUUGCCGUUUGACUUUUAGAUCCUUUACUCAAUAGCUGAUGCUGGUUUUAAUUUCUCCCUCGUUCGUUGUGGUGUCUGACCUGUUGUUCCCUUACACGGCUUCGAUAUUGGCCUGAUGUUCCCACGUGACUUGCAUUUUGCAGGUUUUUCAUAAGUGUUCGUUUCGUUCUUUUAUUUUUCGUCACCUCUCUAGCAGAACUUGUGUUUUGUUGUACCUGCUUUGUACUAUCAUUUAUCAGCUCGCAGUCUGAACAUGUUAGCACUACGUAGCAUUUUGUACAAUUGAUCAAUUAGCGUUGUACUGUUAUUCUGCUUUGUUUAUUACCACCCGUGUUGUGCUGGCUUCAUCGGCUGGCCAUACUUGGCCACCACACUGA